AUCUUCCAAAUAAGAAUUUUCAUCCAUCUUAGUCGGCCCUACUCUUCACAUCAACACCCAAGGCCCAAGCUAAAAAAAACCAUAAUAUAUUAUGAAGAAAGGGUGUGCAAGAAUGGGGGAGAUAUGAUGACAAUGGUGAUGGAAGUGGAACCACCUUUCCCUCCCACCCCGAUCUCCCCAACCUGGAAACUCUAUGAGAAUCCCUUUUAUAUCUCCCACCAACAACAAGAUCACACCCAAAUCCACACGCUCCACCUCCCUAUAUCAUCCCGCAAGAUCACAGCCUCCUUUUCCGACCUACCCUUCAUCAAGCCGCACAUGGACUCUGAGCGCAAAGCUCGCAAGAAGAUGGAGUCUCUCAACAGGCGCCUCGCACGGGAGCUGGCCGAGGAGAGGCGCGCCCGGGAGGCGCUACAGCGCGCCUGCCACGACCUCUCCGCGGAGCUCUCCGCCCACAAGGCCGAGAUGGCGAAGAUGAAGAGAGACAUGGAGGAGGAGAGGAAGAUGCUGCGCACGGCCGAGGUCAUCCGCGAGGAGCGCCUGCAGAUGAAGCUCUCCGACGCCAAGUUCUUCCUCGAGGAGAAGCUCUCCCAGCUCCAAAUAAAAAAUGGAGAUGAUCAGAGGAAUUGUUUGACGACGAAGGAGGCUGAGAAUCCGCAUAUAAAGAGAGGGAUAAAGGGGUUUGUGGAGUUUCCAAAGGUGGUGAGAGCGAUCGGUUGCACAAGUAGUAAGCAUUUGGGGAGCAAAUUGGAGUGUCAGAAGGCGCAGCUCAAGAUACUACUCAAGCAGAAAGGGCCGCUCAGGUUCAGUGGCCUUAUUGCAAGAUGAUGUAGUUAUAUUUUUAAAUUUUUUUUAUCUUUCUUGAUUUCUUGCUGAUUUUUUUUACUUUUUUUUAUUUUUGCUAUGAAUUUUGUGCUCUUUUUAUGUUUAUAGGGAGAAUAAUCCGUUGGAAGUUAUAGUAUACGGUGCUUAGUGUCUUAGUUGUUGAAUCAGUAGCAAUGGGAAGAAUUUUGAUGUAGAAUUGAAGUGUUGUGUUCAUGUGUUUGUUGGUAGUGGAAAAGAUGAAAUAAUAGCUGGUUUGCAUUCA